AUGGGCACGGUGCUGUCCCUGUCCCCCAGCUACCGGAAGGCCACGCUGUUUGAGGAUGGCGCGGCCACGGUGGGCCACUACACGGCCGUGCAGAACAGCAAGAACGCCAAGGACAAGAACCUGAAGCGGCACUCCAUCAUCUCCGUGCUGCCGUGGAAGAGGAUCGUGGCCGUGUCGGCCAAGAAGAAGAACUCUAAGAAGGUGCAGCCCAACAGCAGCUACCAGAACAACAUCACGCACCUCAACAAUGAGAACCUGAAGAAGUCGCUGUCGUGCGCCAACCUGUCCACGUUCGCCCAGCCCCCGCCGGCCCAGCCGCCCGCCCCCCCUGCCAGCCAGCUCUCGGGUUCGCAGACCGGGGUCUCCUCGUCCGUCAAGAAGGCCCCGCACCCUGCCGUCAGCUCCGCAGGGACGCCCAAACGGGUCAUCGUCCAGGCGUCCACCAGCGAGCUGCUGCGCUGCCUGGGCGAGUUCCUCUGUCGCCGGUGCUACCGCCUGAAGCACCUGUCCCCCACGGACCCUGUGCUCUGGCUGCGCAGCGUGGACCGCUCGCUGCUGCUGCAGGGCUGGCAGGACCAGGGCUUCAUCACGCCGGCCAACGUGGUCUUCCUCUACAUGCUCUGCCGGGACGUCAUCUCCUCCGAGGUGGGUUCUGACCACGAGCUCCAGGCGGUCCUGCUGACCUGCCUGUACCUCUCCUACUCCUACAUGGGCAACGAGAUCUCCUACCCGCUCAAGCCCUUCCUGGUGGAGAGCUGCAAGGAGGCCUUUUGGGACCGCUGCCUCUCCGUCAUCAACCUCAUGAGCUCCAAGAUGCUGCAGAUCAACGCCGACCCCCACUACUUCACGCAGGUGUUCUCCGACCUGAAGAACGAGAGCGGCCAGGAGGACAAGAAGCGGCUCCUCCUCGGGCUGGACCGGUGAGCCCGCCAGCCUGCAUCAUGGCUCAAGGAUUCAAUUCAUUUUUAAAAAUUUAUUCUUAAAUCAGAUUUUGUGUACAGUAUGUGUCUAGCAAAGCCACCAAGGGCCUCUCCCUUCCCACCUCCCCUCCUUGGGGAUUUCCUCUGCCCUGCCAAGAACCCUGGGCGCUUCUGAACUCCCGAACCUUGUGCAACAUUCAGAAGAUGUAUUCAGAGCCACCCUGGCCCCCGACC